CACGAACGUGUGAGCGUGCUCGCAGCCAGCGCCCCAGACAAUGUACCAUCUCUUUAAAUCAAUAUAUCUGCAUGCGACAAGUAAAGAAGAGUACUCCAUCCUCCUCCUCGGCCUCGACAAUGCCGGCAAAACUACCCUUCUCGAACAGAUAAAAGCAAACUACACCUCUCUGAACCCAAACCUCAAAACCGUUCCAACUGUCGGCCAAAACGUAGCCACCGUCUCGCUUCCUCCUCCCAACCCACCUAUCUACCUCAAGAUAUGGGACGUCGGCGGCCAACAUAGCCUGCGCGGGCUCUGGCAAUCAUACUACUCGUCCUGCCACGCCAUCGUCUUUGUCAUCGACUCUUCGGACGUCGGGAACGCCACCCUCGCAGAUCUAGGCAGCGGUUUGCAUGAGGACAAUGGCAGGUUAGAAGAGUGCAGACUGGUGCUGGAGAGCGUAUUGCACAACGAGGACGCGUCGGGUGUGCCAAUACUCGUGUUGGCGAAUAAGCAGGAUAGGGAGGAUUGCGUGGAGGUUGUGAGGAUCAAGGAGGGGUUCGUGAGGAAGGUGUUUGAGGGGGAAAAGGGCGGGAACGUGAGGGAUAGUAGGGUGUUACCGUGCAGUGCAUUGACUGGGACGGGCGUUCAGGAGGCGGUCGAGUGGUUGUGCUCUAGAGUGAGGUGGAAUAAGGAGGCUAGGCCGCCGGUCAUGCGAUAGCUGGGGAGGAUGGGAAAGCGGAGUUCGGGAAAUGGAUAUGUAGGCGAUAUACCCUCGAUUCUGUAUGCUUGCAUCUCAUGGCUUUCGGAAAUGAAAUACUGC